AUGUUUAAUAAAAGUUUGAAACUAGUUCGUGGCUCUAUCAAAAGCUCAAAAGCAUGGUCCAUGGAUUCUCUUAAUCAACACGCUCUUCAUACCGAUCAUCACGUUAUCGAUGCACGUUUUAGAUGUUUGGAUACUGUUGCCAGGAAAAGAAUUUCCUUGUUAUGUUUUCCAAUUAUCUCAGCCUUGAUAUUAGCAAACAUAGAACCACAACUUUCAAAGCUUCAGGCACCCUCAAAGCUUGAUAAAAGUUUAAUUUUUUUAAAUUUUGAAGCUCAUUUUAAAAUUUUGUAA